AUGGCCAAACGAAAAGCGCCAGAAACGGCGACUGAACCAACCCAAACCCCUUCUAAACGCCCAAGACGAAACCCGCAAGACGAUAUACCUCUCACAAACGGGACGCAGGCGGACGCUCAUUCUAUGGAGGAGCCGCUCGUAAAUGGCACGCCUACCAAGAACAUAGGCUCAUCACGCCCUAAACGAAAAAACACAACUACAACCACCCUCUUUGAGGUAGAGGAAACCGACCAAGACGAACCGGCGCCAAAAUCCAAUGGAAGAACCUUGUUCUCGACCCCCAGAAAGAAAAGAACCCUGACUGAGACACCUUCAAAAUCCAAAAGAGCUGAUCGAUCGGCCAAACGCAAAAGUGCACAAAUUCUUGCUCAGGCCAACGAGGAUGAUGAUUGGGAUGGCGAGCAUGCAUUGGCCAGGGCUAUACUAGACGAGGAAGAGGAAGAGGAAGAACGGGCGGAAGAUGAUGCUCUCACCAAGCAGCCUGGUGACGAAGCUAUCGACACCAACGUUACAACUCCAGUAAAGACGCCGGGCAAACGUGGACGACCAAAAGGGGCCAAAAAUAAAAGAUCACCUACACCAGAAGGAGACAUUCCUCCUGAAGAACGGUACUUUUAUCAAAACCGUGCAGGCCCGCCUCAAAUUUCAAGCAACAAGUUCAAUUCAGUCAAAUUGUUGAACCUGGAGGAAUUUCAGAGCCAGAUGCAAACAUACAAAGACCAUCAUGACCCCGACAAAGCCCACCUCAUGAAGCUCCAUGCCAGGUCCUUCCCCCAAUGGCGAUUUGAACUUUCUCAAGGAUUUGGUCUUUGUCUCUAUGGAUAUGGCAGCAAACGCAAGUUGGUCAGCAACUUUGCGGAAUGGCUCCAUAAGAAUUCAAAGAUACCUCCACGCAUUGUCAUCGUCAAUGGCUACACCGCAAAGCUGAAUGUUAGAGGCAUCGUCAAUGCUGUAGCGUCAGCCUUGGUGGGCGAAGAAGAACGUUUGCGGCUGGUCGGGCAGCCUCAUGAACUGGUUGACGGUUUGUUCGAAUAUAUUGCCGAUCACCCACCUCGAUCUCAACUCAUCGUCAUGGUCAAUUCGAUUGAUGCCUCCCCUAUCCGACGUGCAUCUGCUCAGUCUGUGUUAGCUCGACUUGCGGACCACCCUUUGAUCCAUUUCGUUGCUACGGCCGACACCCCAACAUUUCCUAGUUUAUGGAAUUCAUCUCUGUUGAACCAGUUCAAAUUUGUGUUUCACGACUCCACCACAUUUACUCCAUACACGGCGGAGAUCCAGGUUGUCGAUGAAGUUCAUGAUCUCUUGGGCCGGAAAAAACUUCGUGUGGGUGGCAAGGAAGGCAUUGGAUUCGUCCUCAAAUCGCUACCAGAAAACGCACGCAAUCUCUACCGAGUGCUACUCUCCGAGAUCCUGACCAUCUUGGGAGACAGGCAGCCGAACGGAGACGGACAAAAGACGUCUCGGGAACCUGCCGACGAGGUAGGAAUCGAGUACCGAACGUUGUACCAGAAGGCAUCCGAGGAAUUCAUCUGCUCGAGCAGCAUGAACUUUCAGUUCCUCCUCAAAGAGUUCCACGACCAUCAGAUGAUUACGAGUAAACGGGAUUCCAGCGGAACAGAGAUGCUGGGGGUUCCGCUGAUUAAAGACGAGAUGGAGGCUGUGCUGGAGGAUCUGGUGCUUUGAACGAGGGACAUUAC